UGGGGUUGCUGUUUUCGUACUGUUGCCACACUGCUGGUACUCUUCUGUCUAGGCUGUGUCUUUAAUAUCGUCGUUUUUUUCUCAUUAUUUGUCCCACACUGUCUUUUCCCCUCUUUACUUCAGUGGAAAGUGUGUGUGUUGGGGGCUGGCCAGAAGAAUGUGUGUUUUUUUUUCUUGGAGGAAUGACAGCAGCCAGCAGUCGUCAUGAGUGCAGGAGGUUGGGGUCGGGCUCAGAGAUUAGCUGGUCCUCAUGACCAGGACUUCAGUCCACUCAGCCCUACGGCUAACAUGGACGAAUACAUGCCGCGCACCUAUGGCACAGGCACGCUGGACAACAGGCCACUGUUUGGAGAAACCUCUGCCCGGGAUCGAUUCGUCAACCUUGCUGUUGGUGGGUUCACAUCGCUUUUAGUCAUAGUAACCAUCAUCAGUUCAUUUGUCUUUCCUACACCUCAUCCAAAAGGCCUGAACAUCUUCUUUGUAGUCUGCAUUGUCAUGAUCUGUUUCUCAGUGUUGGUUCUGAUAUUUUGGUAUCGUCAAGGAGACUUGGAGCCCAAGUUUCGAAACCUCAUCUAUUACACCAUUGGCUCCAUCAUCCUGUUGUGUUUAUGUGCAAAUCUUUACUUCCAUGAUGUUGGGAGAUGACAAUUACUCAUAUGCCUAAAAAACACACUCACCUACACCCUUCCAUAAUGAUUGCAUCUGUGAAUCUGUGAAUGUGUACAUCUACUGUGAUUUCUGAAACAUGACAGCAUUCCUAAAAAUAACUCACACUGUGGGUGAACAGACAGAAAUGCAGUGGAUAUGUUAGUGUUGGGCAGGAUGCUCAGGUUCAUGUUGAAAGCUUUCUGUUUAUAGGAUUGCACUGAUUGUGUGAUUACAUUUAUUGCUUAAUGUAACUGAAGUUUUAAGUAAAUGUCUACAGUAUACAGUAUGAUCUGAUGAGCAGAAUGCACACACCUCAGGUGUUACUUUGACUACAAUGUCUGAUGUUUUGCUUAUCCUAGAUUACUUGAAAUAUAUUAAUGGGAAGAUUGUUAAGCAAAUAAUACUUUAGGAGAU